GUGGAGUGGAACGCUGAAGUUAGUGCAGUAUUUGCAGCCUAUGUUGUUGGAAGUGCGUGCUCGUCUUGUUCAAUUGCUCACUCGCUCCAUGUGAUCUGUGAUACUAAUUAUUAAUGUUACUAGUUGAUUUUUGAUAUGCCACUAACAGACAUGUGCCGAUUGUGCUCCUCAAAAGACAAUCUUGUGUGGGUGUUCGAUAAAAGAUUUGAGAAUACUGACAACAUGAAAUAUAUGACUUUAAUUACAACAGGAGUUGAGAUCUCUACCACGGAUGCUGUAUCGCAGAGUAUUUGUGAAAAAUGCUGUCACAUAAUCAUCAAAAUGUUUGAAUUCAGAAAAAAGUCCUUAGAAAAUGAUACACAGUUGAAGGAAAAGCUGAAAUCACUAAAUAACGAAGACAGUACUCAAGUUCAAAUAAAAGAAGAAAUAUUGGAUAUCCCUGAAGAAACGAAGAAAGAUGCUCACAAACUUUCUAUUAUAAUUCAUCCUUCGGUGAAAGAAUUAUAUGAUCUAUAUCCUCACAUCAAAUUACAGAGAAUAUGUCUGACAACUAAUGUAAAACCAUUUGUAGUAAUGAAAAUGGGCAAAGUAGAAAGUUACUAUAAGGAACGUAACUUAGACUUCGAAGAACAUUGCAGAUUAGCUAUGAAAUCGAGAACCACAGCCAGAAAAAGAACGUUGGCCUCCAAAAGAACUAUCUAUGAAAGUCCUCCUUGUUCAAUAAGUGGACAAAUAAUUCAACCUGAGGUGGAUGAUGUAGAAGAAGGUGUCCUUCGCCCCAUAAAGAUUAAGAUAAUCCCAAAGAUUUCUGCUAAGGAAAAUGUGACUGAAGAAACCAAAGGUAUAUUUAGAAUUACUGAAACCGAAUCAGAUGUACAAACGUCAGAGAAGACUGCACCGUGCCAUAGAAAAAGAAAAUACUCGGAUACAAAGGAACUUCCAGCUAAGGAGAAUGUAGGACUUAAAGAACCUGAUCACUCCAUGACCCUAACAGAUGUACAAACGUCAGAGAAAACUGCACCGUGCCAUAGGAAAAGAAAAUACUCGGAUACAAAGGAACUUCCAGCUAAGGAGAAUGAAGGAUUUAAAGAACCUGAUCACUCCAUGACCCUAUUGGAGGGCUCCAAAUCAUUGUCGUAUGUAAGCAAUGUAACUUUGCCCCUGUACAUAUGCAAUAUUUGCGAUGCUGUUCGGAAUAACCCGAAAGAUUUAAAAAAGCAUCGAAAUAAACACUUGCGCUGCCAAUUCUGCAGAUCUACAUUCCGGUCCUUGGAAAACAAAGCUCAACACAUAGAAAACGGAUGCCUGAUCAAGAAUGCGAUGAACAACAUUCCUUGCGUCAAGUUGCUCAAAGUCGAGACAAGUAUCGAUAUUGUGAAGACGUACCCCAAGGCUUUCGCCAAUUUCUCACCUGCGACCAAUAUUGAAAAUAGUGACUGUUGUGAAAUACUUAGCAGCGAAUCUGAGGCGGAGUUUGCCGAACCGUCUUUAAAACCAGUUGAACAUAUUACAGCGAAAAAUACAAUGGACGUGAUAGAAAUUUUAUCUGACGAUGACAACAUUCCAACGAACCUUUACAACAGCACUUUGCAAGGAGAUCCCUCACCCACAAAAAUUCCUAAGCUCACACCGUCAAUCAAACCUGAUGUGAAAAUAAAAAACAAUCAAUUCACAGACUCGAUCAGUUCUAAUUCGAAUGAGAUGCUUAUUUUAAAAAAUCUGUUGACCGGAUUCAAACCUUUAACGGAAAAAAGUGUACAAACACACACACUAGAUCAACACAGCAUUGAAGUAGAUAAUCACGGUCAGACCGCACUACUUACUAACAUGAAGCAGAAUUUACACUUUUUCCAGGUACCUGUUGUGAUAAAAGAAGGACCCUUCAACGUAUCUUAUCGCCAUUUGGACAGGCCGAUGUCAAAAAACUUGCAAUUGUGGAAUGAUCUAAUUCCGGUAGAUAUAAAAAGGAAUACCGAACUUACUACAGUCAAGCAGGCUACUGGAAAUAUUAUUAAGUCUGUCUCCAGAUCAGUGGAGGCUAAAGAAUCACAACCUACUGCUGUGAUAGUUUCUAAUCCCAUCAUUGAGGAUGAGAGCCGUAUAAAUGUAGGUACAUCUCAUAUUGCUUUUGAAGAUAGUUCGAUUAAUACUUGUACCAGAACCUCUUACGAUAAAAGCUCAAACAAUCUCCCGCAUUCUGACUCAACUAUUGUAUCCAUUACAAAACCAGACAGUUCAACACAUAACCACAUUUCCGUCGUCGAAUCUUCAACAGCUUCUAUAAAAUUGACUGAUUCUUCUAUCACAAAUCAAUCAACAUCUGUUGCUGAGGAUCGUACUACGAGUGUCAUCCAGUGGAAGCCUCCACUUGUCACAAGUUCUAGAUCUGAUUCAAGUCUGCAAGAUAUUGCUCGACCUAAAUCUACAAUAGACUGCCGUACUUAUUCUAUUUCAGAGAAAUUGAGAAUUUUACAUACUGAAAACCAUAUGACCGUUACUUUCGAAGACACUUCUACUGAUAAACAUUUAGUGAAUCCUCCAGUUGUUCCAACUCCAGUGUCUCUUCCCUCAUAUCUAAUUCAGCCAAAUACUUCAGUAUACAAUGUUCCUGACGCGGUAAGGUCAGUACCUCCUACAACUACAGUAUCUCAUAAAGUACUUAAUUUUACAAUUCCACAGUUACACAAAGAAAGAUCUGUAUUAAGCCCGAAUUCAAAUCAUACAUUCAGUGAUACGCGAGAUAAAUAUACAUUUUUAAAGCAACCUGAAACUUCGUUAUCUGGUACAUGUAAGUAUCCUGACGAAGUUACCAAUAGAAAAUCUCGAGAGCCUCUAGCUACAGACCAAUCUGGAAAAACUUCCAGUACUCUGUGUAACACAAAACGACAGUCUAUCAACGCUAGUCUAAAUAAUAAUACAGUUACAGGAAAUGUUUGUACUCCAACUACAUCUAUGAGCUACCAUUGGCCCCCGGGCGUUUAUAAACCUGUUAAUAGUAAGAAUAUGCUCGGGGUCUCAUCAAAUUCAUUUACUGCUGGACAUUCCAAUGACCCUAUAGUAGUCGAUAAAUCAAAAAAAAUUAUAAAUAGGCCUACAUAUUUUCCCCCUAAUAUUUCUCAACCUGUCCCUCUUUCAUAUUCAACGACUGUGAUUGGCUCUAGUGUUUCUUACGCUACAUCACAGUCUUCAAACAGUAUUAAAUAUGUUCCCGUCCGCAGCAAAAUUGAUGCCAGAAGAAGUUCUCUUCCUAUUCAGACAUUGAAAACAGUUCCACCUCCUCCAUAUUCUGUGGCUGUAGCUUCCAUAUCUAAUAACAAUUACUAUACACUGCCUCAUCAAAUUACAAAUAAAAUUAGUGAUGGAGGAAAUUCAUUUUUCAAUACAACAAAUGCUGUCAAGUUGCCUCAACAUUUUUCUGACUCGCGAAAGCCUUCAGUAGAUAAUAAGUCUGUGACUAGCAACACCGUUGCAAAGAGUUCGUUAAAUAUUUCUCAUGUCCCAACCGUAACUACUUUUGCUCAGAUGCAGCCUAUCUCUUGUUCGGUGGCUACGCCACUAUUUGGCCAUAUUAGAGUGAAAAACAUGCAAGAACUGAUUUAGGUUAAGAUUAAAGAAAAACGUUAGAUUGUUAAGUUUAUAUCAUGAUCUGUUAAGUUUAUUUUUUUUACUUUGCAAUAAAUUUAUAU